AUGUCUCAAGAACCGGUUAAAGAGAUACAUGAAGUAUUCAAAGAUAUGGAUCAAAAUGGAGAUGGGUUUAUAGAUCCUGAAGAUCUCAAAAUCUGCAUGAAUACGCUUGGAUUUGAAUUUAAUGCAGCUGAAAUUCAACAUUUAGUAAUGGAAUUAGAUCCAGAAAAUACAGGAAAGAUAGAUAUGCAACAUUUUUCAGAAUUUAUUCGUUCUAAGAUGACAGAAAGAGACCAUAUUGAAGAAAUUCAAAUGGCUUUUCAGAUGCUCGAUAUAGACAAGAAAGGCAAAAUCACAUUUUCAGACCUUAAGAAAGUUGCCAAAGAAUUAGGCGAAAAUAUUACCGAUCAAGAAUUACAUGAAAUGAUUAAUGAAGCGGACACAGAUAAUGAUGGCGAAAUAUCAUUUGAAGAAUUUGUAGCACUGAUUAAGACAGCAGCUCCAAACUUAUAA